AAGCAGUUAAUGAAUAAUAUUAAGCUUACGAAGGUGAAUUAUUCAAAGAUAUUAUAUUACCUAACUUUUUAAAUAGUAUUUAAUACAGAAGAGUUUACAAAAAAUAUAUGCAUAUACUUUAAUUUAUCUAGUAGAUAUAAAAAAAUGAAUGCUAACGAGUCGACAAACGAAUGCAUUGAUUGUUUGCAGUACGAAGAUACAUCUCAAUGUCUCGUAAAUAUACCGCUGAUGGAGCAUCACAAUAGUAAGGAGAAGUUAAAGUCGUGUAGGGAAGAAAACAAAAGUUCUCCUAAAAGAUUAUUGCCUCUUUUCUUUGAAAGAGCUUCCUCUAAUAUUUUUAACCCAUGUUUUGACUCGGAGGUUUUAGAGACGGAAUUUAAAAAUCUUAGCAUGUCAUUAGACAAAAGUUUGUCAGAAAUGGGACUGAUUUAUAUUGCAUUUACAUCUCUUUUACUGACAAUAUUGUUUGCAGUCAGUCAUACAACUGCUCAAUCUCAUAUACUUAUAUCUGUCAGUUGUGGUACCGCAACAAUUAUAGCAGCACUUUUAUAUAUAGUGACACAUUUUCUGCGUCAUCAACAAGAGCCAAAAAUAGCUAAAGCAUUUUUGUCUAUUAUAGUAACGGUCUUGUACUGUGGCGCUGAUAUACUUUCGUUUUUCUUCAUAAAAGAAGAAGAGUUUUCUUAUGGUGCACGAUUUGGAUUGGCAACGUGCAUGAUAAUAGUUAUAUAUACAAUGAUGCCAGUACUACCUCUAUAUGUAAAUAUGACAUUAGCGAUAGUUUUUUCAAUAACCCAUGAGACUGUUUUAUCGCUCACAACAAAACUACCAAGAGAUCCAUAUGUUACAAUAAGUAGUGUGUUGUUACACUUUUGUGUUCAUGUUAUUGGUUACACAACCGUUUUUAUGGCAUGUGUCAGAAAACGGAGCACAUUUUGGCGCAUUUGUCAGAGUAUAGUUGCAAAAAAUGAUUUAGAAAUUGAUCAAAGAAUAAAAAAUCGUAUGAUAAGAUCUGUUAUGCCAAAAAAAGUUGCUGAGUUUCUAAUAAAAAAUGGAUUAAAAGAUCAACAACUUGAACAGCAAGUUGACUUAUCGAAACAAAAAAACCCCCAGUUUAAAUCGUUUAGACCUUUUACUAUGGACAAGAUGGAAAACGUAAGCAUUCUGUUUGCAGAUAUAGUCGGCUUUACAAACAUGUCAGCAAACAAAAAAGCCGAUGAUUUAGUUUAUUUACUGAAUAUGCUUUUUGGAAAAUUUGACGAAUUAACAAAAAUUAACAACUGUGAAAAAAUCAGCACACUUGGCGAUUGUUAUUAUUGUGUUGCUGGAUGUCCAGAAGAAUCCGUGUAUCAUGCCAUUUCUUGUAUUGAAAUGGGUUUAGAUAUUGUUGAAGAAAUAAAAAGUUUUAGAAAAAAAACUGGAGAAGAAGUUGAUAUGCGUGUAGGAAUCCAUACUGGAAAUGUACUAUGUGGUAUUGUUGGUAAUAGAAGAAGAAGAUUUGAUGUUUGGUCAAACGACGUCAAUCUUGCAAAUAAGAUGGAGUCAAAAGGCCAACCCGGUAGAGUACAUUUUACAAUUAAAACACUCGAGUCUCUUAAUGAUCAAUAUUUUGUAGAAGAAGGACUUGGAAUUACUUACUCCAAUGUCUUUUUCAAAUCUUACUUUAUUUUAAGUCGCAAAAAUGGUUUAGAUUCAUAUAAACCAUGGCUGAAUGAUGAUUAUGCAUUAAGAACACAUACAGAUAGUAUUGCUCAAAACGAUUACGAGUUUUCAAACUUUACCAAGAAAAAAAAGGAAGUGAACGGAGUUAUAGAAACUUUGCACGAAAGUCAUUGCGAAACAAAUCAUGAUGGUAUAGAGGUUACUAUUCGCUCCUCAACCUCAAAUAACAGAGGUGAAAAUAAAUGUAUCCAGAGCAAUACUGAAACUUUGUUUCAGCGCCAACAGUUUGACAACACGUUUGACGUAACCUACGGUAUGGCAGUUACAGAAAGUUGCCUCAGAGAAACUAUGAGAGCUUCCGAUGACAAUCAGCUCGUCAAACUUAUUCGCGAAAAAAAAAAACAGAAAGAGUAUUUUUUCAAACCACUUUUACGAUGGUGGACGCUAACAUUCAUAGAUGUACCGGACGAGAAAGAUGUAGAAAAUGAAGUAGAAGGACUGCCAAAAAAAAUUAAAGAAGAAAACAAGAUGGAAAAAAUGUUUAGAGAGGAAGGUUUUAAACAUUUCAAGCUUAACCCUAAAGUUUUAACAUUUGCCUCGCCAAAUGUAAAUUAUAUUUUUGACAUUAUUACAAACGCCUUUAACUUAAUUGGAAUCGUCAUAGCAACAAUACUAUUGUUUUUUGCAAAUAUGCCAAACAGCCUUGUCGCUUGUAUUUCUGUCUGUUUAUUGUGCAUGUUUCUAAUUCUUUUUUAUCAAACAUCAAAACUUAUGCCACAAAAAAUUGGAGACUUGAAAGCUCAAACUGAAUCCAAGGAGGAAAGUCAUCUGCUUCACCAAUCUGAUUGUCAAAAAGCAUCAGAUAAUAAAAAAGCACCUGAUGAGCAAACCAUAUCAAAUUGCGUAACAAAUUACUAUAAGUUGUUAAAAAAUAAAAUAGUUUCACCGUGGGUUACAUCUCACCUGUUAGGAGGUAUCAUAAUGUGUUUUCCAGGUGUUGUUGUGUUUUCUACUUACCAAGACUGCACAAAAAAUCACUGGGAAAAGAAUAAAGUUGACCUUUUUUCAAUGUUAAUGUUCGUUUGUUUUUUACACUUUUGUAGUUUUACUCAACUGUCAUCGUUAAUGAAGUCGGGCAUUGCAUAUGCAUGGGCAAUUUCAUUUAUUCUUCUCCUUUUGCUCUAUCCUUCAUCAAACUGCAUGGUCCGAAAAAAUGAACUAGAAAAACUUGUUAUAACAGAUAUUGUUGUAGUGGUUAUUGUUCAAAUAAUCCUUAUAACAGUUCUAAAUCGCAUUCAUGAACAAGGAGUCAGAGCAAACUUUUAUGGGGAUAAAGAAGCUGCAGAACAAAAUAAUAUUGCGUUAGAACAGAAGCACGUUGCAGAAUGGCUUGUGAACGACAUGUUUCCUCGACAUGUUUCUAAACAAUUAAAAUAUACAAAAAACGUUUCAAAAAACUAUGAUAUGGUUGGAGUUCUCUUUGCGACAAUUGAUAACUUUGGCGGGUUUUAUGAAGAAAGUUUUGAAGGUGGUCUCGAGUGCAUCCGUAUAUUACACGAGCUUGUUGCGGAUUUCGAUAACGAGUUAAUGAAAUCCGAUGAUAUUGAAAAAAUUAAAACAGUUUACGGAACAACUUUCAUGGCUGCCUCAGGGUUGAAUCAAACAAACAAAGUAGACACGGUUGACCUUCAUCAUACGCAUUCACACCUAAAAUCUUUAGUUGAUUUUGCAAUCGUAAUGCAAAAAUCUCUUGAUGAAUUUAAUGCAAAUAUGUUAGGAUUUGUUUUUAAAUUACGUUGCGGGUUUAAUGCUGGUCCUGUUACUGCCGGGGUUAUGGGAACUCUUAAACCUCAGUAUGAUAUAUGGGGAGAUACUGUUAAUUUAGCCAGUAGGAUGGAUUCGACUGGAGUAGUUGAUAAAAUUCAAGUUUCCGAAGAAUGCAUGAAAAAACUAGAACAUUUUUAUACAUUUGAAAAACGCGGAACAAUACCAGUAAAAGGUAAAGGGCUUGUAUCAACUUAUUUACUUGUUGGAAAAAAGAAUUGAUUAUUAUGCUUA